AUGAGUGUCUCCGUGCUGAGCUCCACCAUAUCCCUGGGCAGUUUCUCUGGGCUUCUGCAAGUGACCUUACUGCUCGGCCUGGUGCUGCUGCUGUUCAAGGCUGUUCAGCUCUACCUGCACCGCCAGUGGCUGCUCAAGGCUGUCCAGCAAUUCCCAUCACCUCCCUCCCACUGGCUCUUUGGGCACUACAAGGAGUUUCUAGAGAAAAAUGAACUGCAAGUGGUACUAAAAUGGAUGGAGAAAAACCCAAGUGCUUUUUGUCGCUGGCUGUGGGGGACAAAGCCUCAAAUUUUGAUCUAUGACCCUGACUACAUGAAGGUGAUACUUGGAAGAUCAGACCCCAAAGAUGUCAGUCUCUACCAUUUACUGAGUUCCUGGAUUGGGUAUGGUUUGCUCCUGUUGAAUGGACAGCCCUGGUUCCAGCACCGGCGCAUGCUGACUCCAGCUUUCCACUAUGACAUCCUCAAGCCCUAUGUGGGGCUUACGGCCAAUUCUGUGAGAGCGAUGCUGGACAAAUGGGCAGAGCUCAGCAGGAACAGUGGCCCGGUGGACAUUUUGGGACACAUCUCCUUGAUGACGCUGGAAACCAUCAUGAAGUGUGCCUUCAGCCACUCCAGCAGCCUGCAGACUGACAGGAAGUCCCAGUCCUACACCCAAGCCAUCGAGGACCUAAAGAAACUCGUCUACUCCCGAAUGUGGAAUAUAUUACACCAUAAUGACUUCAUCUAUAGCCUGACAUCUACUGGCCGCAGUUGUUCCAGUGCCUGCCAGCUUGCCCAUGAACACACAGACAGAGUAAUCCAGCAGCGGAAGUUACACCUGCAGGAUGAGGGUGAGCUGGAAAAGAUCAGGAAGAAGAGGCACCUGGAUUUUCUGGACAUCCUGCUCUUUGCCAAGUCAGAGGAUGGGAGCGGCCUGUCUGACAAGGACCUGCGGGCAGAAGUGGACACGUUCAUGUUCGAGGGUCACGACACCACGGCCAGCGGCAUCUCCUGGAUCCUCUAUGCACUGGCCACACACCCCAAGCACCAGCAGCAGUGCCGGGAGGAGCUCCAGAACCUGCUGGGAGAUGGCUCCUCCAUCACCUGGGACCACAUGGACAAGAUGCCCUACACAACCAUGUGCAUCAAGGAGGCACUGCGUCUCUACCCGCCUGUGCCUGGUGUGGCCAGACAGCUCAGCUCACCUGUCACCUUCCCUGAUGGGCGCUCCCUACCCAAAGGAAUCUCAGUGGGCCUGUCCAUUUAUGGCCUUCACCACAAUCCAAAUGUGUGGCCCAACCCAGAGGUCUUUGACCCAUCCAGGUUUGCACCAAGUGCAGCUCGGCACAGUCACGCAUUCCUGCCCUUCUCAGGGGGCUCCAGGAACUGCAUCGGGAAGCAGUUUGCCAUGAAUGAGAUGAAGGUGGCUGUGGCGCUGACCCUGCUCCGUUUUGAGCUGGCUCCUGACCCCUCCAGGGUCCCUAUUCCCAGUGCUAAAAUUGUGCUGAAUUCAGAGAAUGGAAUCCACCUCUACCUCAAGAAACUCCCUUAACAAUGUGGGGUCACUGAUGGGUGUGAGGACCUCCUGCCUGCUACUCUGUCUACUGUUACCUGACCUUUUAUCCCUUUACUGAUUUCUUCUCUUUGUUGUGUGUAUAAGAUUUGGGAUUUGUGGGGGAUGGGGUUGUGCCUCUGAUGCAGUGACCAGACAACUCUGGGACUGCUUCUGGUGACACUCAGCCAACCAGGACUUAAGGUUGGAUCUCAGGUCUUAGGAUGAGUGCUGUGCAGACCAUAGGCGCCAUUCUGGAAGUAUUCAGGAGCCACAAGUUACACUCUCUGCAGUUCAAGGGCCUUCCAGGCUAAGUCCAUUGAUUGCUGGCGAGUUGCCUUGAAGCAGGCAUUGACAGGUUCGGGCUUAGCCCCUCUACUACCUCUCUACAUGCCUCCCCCAUUCCUGCUUUUUACCUGCCUCCUGCUUGAUCUCUUAUCUUUGCCAGUUCUGUUAUCUCCCUCCAUUGUUUCUGAUUCCUGGACUCCCCACCUAUUUGUCUGUCUGCUCUCCCUACACUCUGCACAUCUGAGUAUCACUCACUCUUGACAGCCUGCCUGACCCAAGCCUGCUUAGCUUUGCUGUAUUUCUUCUUUUAGCUCCCAUAUGUAUCGA